AACCGGCUAACACAACGUGAAGGUUAAAAACUCCAAUGACCCAAAGUAUAAAACGUGGAUGUAUAACCUCAGUUCGGAUUUAGUUGAAUUUAGGAUUAGUCCCGACGAAAAAUAUGCAGAACUACAUCAACGAGUGUUUCUUCGUAUAUUUGAUCUGUGUGACAUUUUCACGUGCGAAUCCGGUCGUCAUACAAUCGUUGAAACAGGCAGAUCAAUAUGCUAAUAAUCAUAAUUAUGGAGUAUCGUCUAAUCAAGGUAUUGCCAAUUUUGAAGCAGAUGCUGGGUUUAAUAAGGCAGACGAAAAAAAGUUAGUAAAUAACAUCUCUAACGCAAGAUACGGAGAGCAAAACAGCAAUAAAAAUGAUCACUUAGACGCGAAUAAUUUCAAUACAGGAACAUUUUAUCAAAAAGAUGGCGUAGAUCAGAAUAAUUUCGAAGACAAGAAACUACAUCAAAAAGGCCAUCAUAAAAACGGAUUUCAUAAUAGUUAUCACAAAGACGAGGUUGGAAGCAACUCUAGUUUUUAUGAUGACGGUAGCGAUGAAGGCGGCCAUCACAUCCUAAAGAAUAAUAAAGGUACUUAUGGGAAUGCCAUGGAAGAUAACAAGCAAGGCAAUCAUCUCGAUCACACCUAUCGUGCCAACGAAGGUGUCAACCAAGGCCAGUUUGACAAUGCUCAUAUAUAUGACGGAAAUGUCAUGAACAACCGAAACUACAAUAGACAGCAACAUUUGGAUGACAGAAGACUUGCUGACCAAAGAGCUGGAUCCUUCAAUUCGGGGGAACACUAUAACGAACAUAGAUACGCGGAUCCUCCUUAUGAUACUGGAUAUAAUAACUACGGCAGGUAUAACAACUAUGAUACCUUCAAUAGGGAUUAUCCCAAGAGACGGAUUACCAUUUUCGAAGAUCCAAGAUACGAAGCUCAUCCUGAUCCAGUAAGAUAUAAUGAUGAUUACAUAGAAUUAGAUGUAAGACCUCCAAGGCGUUAUCCGGAUCGUAGCUUUGAUCGAAGACGAUCUCAACAUGAUUAUUAUUAAAGACGUGUAAACUAAUGUAAUCAGUAACGAAUUUUUUUUUUGUAAAA